AAUCGGGCAGUCACCGUCGUGUCGUCGUCGUCAUGACCGCGAAAUAGGAACGAGCUGCGGAUAGCCACGAACGCCUUGCAGCCUUGCUAAGUGAAAUGCUCAACGACAAGGUGACCCGACGAGAAGUUGAAGCCCCGACGAGCGAAUUUAUGACGAAAGUCUUCUACGGCGUCUUCAAGGAGGCGGGCCUGAACAAGACCGCCUUCGAAAUGCCCCAAUUCCUUGUGCCGGCACACGUGAGCAGCUUCGUGCCAACAUUACACCUCAACAAACUGAUGCAGGUGGUCUUUACGAAGCUGGGCGUCCCCAACUUCGGCCUAUCCGACAUUAGCGAGCCGGUGCCGAAGCGCAGUCGUAGGCUGCUCUCGAUAUUCUGCAACUUCUGGGUGCGACUGGGUCGGCAGUGGAACAUGUGGUCAGACAUCGAGGUGGGCCUCGCCGCCGCGAAAACUGACCGCGAAGCCAAAAGAGCCGAGCUGGACGCGGUCAAGGCCAAGGUCAACCAGCUGUCCCAGCAUCCCGGCAUCAACCCGGAGAGGCUGGCGGCAGCGCAAGGGGAGCUCGCGGCCGAAAACAAGGCGCUGGCGACCAAGGAGCCAAAGCAGGCGGUUGUGAUGAACGACUACAAGAACUUAAAAAUUGCCAAAUGCCAGGUGACCGAGCAGCUGAAGAAGAGUGAGGUGGAGGUCCUCGACCUGAAGUCUGCAGUGCACGACGUCCGAGCCAGAAUCUGCCGUUCGCCGGAGCGGCAGCGACGGUGCUUGGCUGAGGAAGUGGAGACAGCGUCCCAGCUGCAGGAGGAGCGUCGUCAUCUGCAAGCCAGGGUAGAGGAGUUGCGCCGCAAGAUGCAGAAGGCUCCGAGAGACCGAGAGGCCUUGACCAAACUCAAGACCCAGCUGCUCUCCAGCCUGGCCGUUGCGCAGCGGCUGGAGUCGUUGGUGCAGGACAAGGACAAAGCGUCCGCGCGCAGGAAGAGUGCGAAGGACAAAUACCACCGCCUGCUAAAGGAGAGGGAGGCAGAGGCCGAAAAGAAGAGCAAGCUGGACGGCCAGACGGCGUUCCAGCACCAGGCCAUGCAGUCCAUGCUCAGUUUCAAGAAGGAGCAGUUGGCCCAAGCGAAGCAGCGCCUCGAGGAGCUCAGUCUCGAGCGCCAAGAGCUGGUCUGCUAUAAGGAUUCCGAGGUGGCAGGCUUGGAUGCUGAAAUCCGUCAAGUCCAGGACGAAGCGAAAAAGGUUCGGCAGUCCUUGGCGGACAAAGUGGCCGAGACACGACUGAACUCCCAGCGGGUCUUUGCGAGACACGAGGCCAUGCUCACAAUGGCCGAGAAGGUGUUCUUUCCUGAGGAAAGAACCCUCCAAAGAUGCGGAGUGUGCAUCUAAUCUGUAAUGACCGUGUCCGCACCUUUUUUUUUUUUUUGCUUUGUAUUUUUUUAAAUGAAAAGUCUUGGUGUUCGUCAUUUAUGUAGUCUUUCUAACACAAGUUGAGUCUCCUGGCACGCUUCGCCUGAGCGGGCUCGCUCCUAUGCGGCAGUGCCACCUUGGUUGGCACUGGCCCAUUGAGGAGGUUUUGAGAGCAAUGGGGAAAUUCACUCUUGUUUCGUGCUUAUCAAGGGCAGUAUGACACAAAAGCGAAAUUCUUCCUUGCUCUCAAGACCCUUGCAGCUAGCCUGCGCUGAUGAUAGCGGAGUUGCCACAUGGAAGCGAGCCCACUUCGGCCACACAUGCUGUGGGCUCUGGACUUUUGAAAAAGACUACCUUUGCCUGUACCUUUGCUCGCUUUGGUUCAGUGAAACUUCACAAUCUGAAAGCUAUGGCCACAGCAAGCCACUAGUGUUGUAUUGCAGCAUGCGACGAUGGAUUUGUGGAGUGCCUUCUGGUGGAGCGCUCUAUGCCAACAGUUCUGAAACUUGUAAUUUUUUUAAGCAUGUUCGCAUUGCUGAGUCUGCCUUCUGAACAGAAUGCAGUGCAUUAAUAGAUAUUUAACACAAAGGUUGCAUGGUGUGAGAACAUUUUACUAGGCAUAAUGCAAGUUUUUAUCGUUGUGAAAACUCACUGCCUUGCUCUGCAAUUGCCCAGUACAAGUAGGUGUUUACACAAAAAGCUGUCCCAAGAUUUUAAUUUUUACCAUACUUUUUUCUUAUUUCCUAAUUUUGAAGUCAAAAAUAAUUGUUGCUUUCUUUCUUUUUGUUUAGUCUUCUUUUUCAUUUCGUAUAUGUCCUUGCACUUCUGCUUUAUCUUCCUUUUACUCUUCACUAAGUUUCAGUUACGAGUCGGCGCCUGUCCGUGUCUUCUACUUGUCCUUGUCUUUAGCGCUACUUUUAAAUUCGUAAUGUAUAACCAACUAGCCCGUCACAUGAUCCUUGUCCCAAGAAGUGUUACUUUUUUUUUUCCAUGUAAUUCAGAGGUUUGUUGGUACUAGAGGCAUAUUGCUGGAGUCUGAGGCCCACUUAGGGUUUAGUUUACCACCAGUUAUCCCAAACUCUGCCAAGUUCUGGCUUGAACGUUUCCAAUGCUGCAUCGUGCAUGUGGUGAUCAAUGCAUAUAUUUAAUGUUGGUGUGCAUGCUGUAUCAAUUUCAUAAAAGCAUGUAACAAGUGUAGUCAUAUUCCUAAAUUACUUCUAAAGCAUUGGAUUCUCCUCUGGGUUUAGUUUGUAUUGCUUAUUAAACCAGAAUACUUAUUUCUCUUUUUAAAUACCGGAAUGUACCUGUAAUGAUUUAUUAUAACUCUGGCUCUUGAUCUGCUACUUGUGCAUUUUUAUGUCUUUGCACAAUAGGUUUAUUUUUCAUCUGUUUUAUGGAAACAACUUCAGUGCACCAAUGUCAAAACCAUUAUGGUGUUUUUGGGGAUGCCAGCAACAUCAAAGGCUGGAUUGACUGAGGAUAUUUGAGAACUUUGGGAAUGCAAAGCCUCUGGGUUCCUAGGUAGAGGUUUGAGAACUUGUGCAUUGGGGUUAAAAGGCUUGUACGGUGAUGGAAGCAACAUUUUGCUUGGAGCAGUCAUGUGUUUUUUUGGAGCAAAUCCUAAUGUGUGUUAGCACAUCACUUUAAAAUUAAAUAAUUGCACUGCUAAAAGGGCCAAUCUUCGAUAAUAAUGCAGGGUUCAGCUUUGAUAUACAAAUGUUUUACUUGCUACCUUUUGUAAUUAUACAAAUAGUCAUGAAAAGCACAUGACACACAACUGUAUUUUAGAAUGCUCAGGUCAAAGUAGGUUCUGUUUACAAUAGAAAUAAAGAAAAAUAAAGAUUGAAAAUAAAUUAUAGCAGAAUACUUCACGCUUCUCCCACUCCCUCUUUUAUGUGCAUAGUUAAUGUUGCCUAUCAAUAUCAUUUAUGUAAAAUCAAUAAACAUAUGUGGAAGGGAUCGGUGGCAGAGUGGGCUAGUGCACACCAGCUUGGAGCACGUGGAGAAAAACCUCAUACUGCAGAAUCCAGGGAACUUCGGUUCCAUCCCCACCUCGCCCAUUUCCAUCUGGAUGAUCAUCGUACUGGCUGACCUCAGGCUAGAGUCAACUGCUCAGUGGAAACUACCUUGUUUACUUGUUCAAACAUAAGUGCAUUUCUUGUUUCCUUUUUUUUUGUUGGCACUGUUCUUUGAAAUUAAAAGUCAACCUACAAUCAAGAAAAAAAAA